AUGGAUGGCGACUCGGAGCGGGACAUCGAGGCGCUGAUGCAGGAGAUGGACUACAUUCCGGGUCACUUCCACCUGGAGCUGAACCUGAACUUCGAGCCCCGGGAACCGGAGAGGCAGCGGCGGAGAGACACGGAGCUGAAGCGGGAGAGCCUGAGGCUGGAGGCGGGGGGUUGCGGGAGCGGGUGCGGGUGGGGCGGGAGCGGGGGGGGCGAGCAGCGCCACGCCGUGGGCAACCUGCUGGGGCUCCUGGCUUUCUCCCUGGACGAGUACCAGGUGGCCCAGAAGAUCUUCUCGGACAUCUGCCGGGAGGAGCCGGGCAACCUGAACGCCUGGGCCAACCUGGGCUACGUGUACGACCGUCUGGACCGGGAGCCCGAGGCGGCGGAGUGCGUGGAGCGGGUGUCCGGGCUGGUGGCCCGGGGCCGGGGCCGGGGCUCGGGACCCGCUGCCCGGUGUUUGGCCGAACACGCCUUCGCCAACGCCUUCGACGUGGGGCUGCACCGCGAGGAGGAGCACCGCCAGAGGCUCAGCACUGCGGUGCGGCUCUACGAUAGAGCUCUGGUCUACGGGCACGGCCAGAUAACCCCAGAAGAAAAAAGAAGUUGGUAUCUUACAAUGGCUACCAUGUUAAUAAGACUGGAUGGCAUAUUAAUAAACGAGGACGUACCUGAACAUGAGCGACUACCGUCAUUCAACAGGUCAUUGCUGCUCCUGAGGGAGGUUCUCAAGUCUAACAACACUCAAUAUAAAGCUCUUGCCUGGUGUUACUUAGGGAUGAUGCUGGAACGGAAAGACUCUUUCUCCAUCACUCCAAUGGCAGUACAUAACUGUGGCUACUCUGCUACUGAUCCCCUCGAUUGUUUUGGACAGGCAAUUGAGACAGCAAAAAUGGAUCCCUUCAUCCUAAAUCGACUUGCCAAAAUCUUUCACUUUCUUGGAAAACAGGAAAUGGCAAUCGGAAUCUGCAACAUGGCCUUGAAUAUUCUCCCUGAUCCAGGAAUGAACUGGCAAGCUUACUGCACUCGGGCAAAGAUUAAUAUUAAACUGUACAUUCAAGGCCUUGAGCGUAUCAAGAUGGGUCAAGGAGGAGUGCCUGACAGAAACUUACUUACUAAUGCAAAAACAGAUUUGGAGCACGUCCUACCAGCGUGUCCCUGUCUGAAGACAUACCUGGACAUGGGACAGGUGUGUUAUUACAUGGGUGUUGAUGCAGUGGAGGAAUUGCAGCUGGUGGAUGAGAAUGCACUCAAUAGUGCUCUAACAUGUUUUGCCAAAGCUAUGGAGUAUGACUUGGGAGAUACUCUGCCUGAGAUCCAGUUCAUGAGAGGGAAGUGCCUGCAAGUCAAAGGCGAGGAACACAAUGCUGUUGAGUGCUUCAAGCAAGCUAUCGAACUGGACGAUGAGGGGUCUCAGUACUCUGAGAGCUUCCGCUGCCUGUUGGAGAUGCUCCUCUCAUUGUUCAGCCAGGGCAACGGCAACAUGGAGACAGUUAUCGAUGAGGUGGAGGUAUGGGUGAAAAAAGCUCAGGCAAAGUAUCGGAUGGAUAAGGUCAAACAGGAACUCCGCACGGUUUGCCAAAAACACACGCCCCAAAUUUUAGAACUUUCCAAAGCAAUGAUCACAGCUGGGAAGCUGCAACUGGUGAAGCUACUGUUUGAGAUGAUGAACCCUGAAAAUAACUUAGUUAACAAGUUCAAUAAGCAGUGAUUAGCAUGAAGACUCUGUUAUAGUGAAUUGUAUGAAGACACACUAUAUAGAUUUGUGUGAAGACAGUCUACAGUGAUAUUAACUUGCUCUACUUCUGUCUCCCCCAUCCCCUCUUCAUUUCAUGUCAAUAUCGGAUUUAAAGCCAAUGAGAGACCUGACCAUCAGAAACCAAAUUCUAAUCUGCUUCUUCAAUUCAUUUGGUAUUUCUAAAAAGCUCACGUUCAGGAUCUCCUAUUUUCACUGCAGUAAUUCAGUGUUACACUGAAUGAAGUAUGAAGUUGUGGACAUUGAAUUAAAAUAUAUAUACACACACAUAUAUAA